AUCCACUAGCCUCAGAGGGACUCCUGGCUCCAGCUUGCCCCACUCUACACUUGUUUCUUUGCUUCGACCCAAAAAACCACCAUGUCUUGCCGUUCCUACCGAGUCAGCUCUGGUCGCCGGGUGGGCAAUUUCAGCUCCUGCUCGGCAGUGACACCCCAGAGCCUGAACUGCUUCCGGGCCAGCUCUCUUUCCUGCAGGAGUGGGCUUGGAUUCCGGGGCCUGGGCAGCUUUGGUAGCCGGAGUGUCACCACCUUUGGAUCAUACUCACCCCGGAUAGCGGCUGUAGGCCCUCGUCCCCUCCGCUGUGGAGUUGGCUUUAGUGCUGGCAGUAGGGUGGCCUUUGGUUUUGGUGAUAGAAGUGGUGUUGGUCUGGGUUUUGGUGCCGGCAAUGGUGUUGGUCUUGGGUUUGGAGCUGGCAGUGGCCUUGGCUAUGGCUUCUGCGCCCCUGGCUUUGGUUACCGAGUUGGAGGAGUUGGAGUCCCAGCAGCCCCACCUAUCACAGCUGUGACUGUUAACCAGAGCCUGCUGACCCCUCUCAACCUGGAGAUUGACCCCAAUGCACAGAGAGUGAAGAAGGAUGAGAAGGAGCAAAUCAAGAUCCUCAACGACAGAUUUGCCUCCUUCAUUGACAAGGUGCGAUUCCUGGAGCAGCAGAAUAAGCUCCUAGAGACCAAGUGGAGCUUCCUCCAAGAGCAGAAAUGCACCAGGAGCAACCUGGAGCCCCUCUUCGAGAGUUAUAUCAACAACCUGCGGAGGCAGCUUGACGCAGCGGCCAGUGACCAGGCUCGGUUAAAGGCCGAGAGGAACAACUUGCAGGAUGUCCUUGAAGGCUUCAAGAAGAAGUAUGAAGAGGAGGUGUGCUCCCGGACCAGUGCUGAGAAUGAGUUUGUGGCUCUGAAGAAGGAUGUGGAUACAGCUUUCUUGAAUAAAUCUGACCUAGAAGCCAACGUGGAUACCCUCACUCAGGAAAUUGAUUUCCUGAAAGCCCUAUACAUGGAGGAGAUCCAGUUGCUGCAGUCACACAUCUCAGAGACAUCAGUCAUCGUGAAGAUGGACAACAGCCGGGACCUGGACCUCAAUGGAAUCAUUGCUGAUAUCAAGGCCCAGUAUGAGGAGAUUGCCAGGCGUAGCCGGGCUGAUGCUGAGGCCUGGUACCAGACCAAGUACGAAGAGAUGCGAGUAACAGCUGGACUGCACUGUGACAACCUACGCAACACACGGGAUGAGAUCAAUGAGCUGACCCGCCUGAUUCAGAGGCUGAAGGCAGAGAUUGAGCAUGCCAAGGCUCAGCGCGCCAAGCUGGAAGCCGCAGUGGCCGAGGCAGAGCAGCAGGGUGAGGCAGCCCUCAAUGAUGCCAAGUGCAAGCUGGCUGAGCUGGAGGCUGCCCUGCAGCAGGCCAAGCAGGACAUGGCACGGCAGCUGCGUGAGUACCAGGAGCUGAUGAACACCAAGCUGGGCCUGGACAUCGAGAUCGCCACCUACAGACAGCUGCUGGAGGGCGAGGAGAGCCGGAUCUGUGAAGGUGUCGGACCAGUGAACAUAUCUGUCAGCAGCUCCCGCGGCGGCGUGGUGUGCCGCCCCGAACCCUCUGUCCCCAGCUCCGCCCUCUCCCGCAGCGGGGUCGCCUGCAGCUCAAGCUUGGGCGGGGCUCAGGUGUCCGCGGCCAGCCGGGACCUGCUGGUCUCGGGCACCAGGGCCGGCUCGGUGCUCGUGGGCGAGGCCUGCGCCCCCAGUGUCCCCUGCACCCUGCCCAUCGAAGGGGGCUUCAGCAGCUGCAGCGGCGGCCGCAGCAGCGUCCGCUUUGUCUCCACCACCACCUCUUGCCGGACCAAGUACUGA